AUGCACAUUGUCCGCGAUUCACCACCUGCACAAACUACUUCGUUGCCAUCAUCAGAUCAUCCCAUGGCAUUGGAGACAACAUCACUGCCAUUGCCUAAUAUUGCGCCACUCACAACCACAUCUGUUGAACUCCCUCCAUCAAUAACAACUCCACUUUCAACCGACAUGACAUCAACCACAACUACGACCGCGUCCACGAUGACCAUGACCACGGCAACAGGAGCAACCAUAUCCCCAACAAAGGACCUGGCAAUACUAUCAAACAAAGAGUCUGUUCCCGACACUCAAGAAAGUCCAACAAAGCCCAUCAAAGACCUCACGCCCUAUCAACAGACAAUAUCUAAUGGCGAUGAAGCCAAUUGUGUAAUAUGUUAUGACUACUUUCAUCAAACGGGUGAGCAUAGGCCAGCCGCUCUCAAGUGUGGACAUAUCUUUGGAGGCUCAUGUAUACGCAAAUGGUUGGACCAGAAGAAGUCGCAUGGAAUGUGCCCAAACUGCAAGGAAAAGGCGUCGAAGCGUGAUAUCCGCGAUAUCUUCCUGCCCAAGGGACUGUGCGAGGUCGAUCCCACCCAAGACGCUCUUGCAUGCCGCAGGAUCAUUGAGUCCAAGGACAGGGAUAUCCAAAAACUCAAGAAGAAAAUAGCCAUACUAAAGGCCAAGUUGGAGGCGAAGCAUAUGAUGACCAAGAAUUCCGGUGUACCAUUCGUCAAUAGCAAGCAAGUGCCUGCUUCACUUCCUGGAGCCGCAGCACUGAUACAACCGCGAUCACUUCAGCCACCCACAUUAUCGAAUUCACAUCUGAUGCCCAAUCAUACAAGGCAUUCCAUCGAUCAACCAAAGAGUGAACAUCACAUUGAACAACAACAGAGCGCAGCGAAUGGACCGAAUAACUUCCAACCAAUAUCAUAUGUUAAGCUAAAGGGAUCCAACACAUUUGAUUUCUCGUCAAAGUUGGGAGUUGUCGUUGCCUCUCAUUCCCGGUCCAACAGUGACUUUGGGAUCGUCAAGAUAUCCUCCUUGGACUCUUCUAGCACAGACUUUAUUUAUAACCUUCACAAAGAAUUCAUUCGUGAUAUCAAGACAAACAAUCAUAUACCGAAUAUGGCUUGCUCGAUAUCCCAGGACAAGACUGUCAAGUUGUUCAACAUCCACACCAAGAAUACAAUAUUUAAGUAUGAUCUUGGUGCACCAGGAUGGUCAUGCGAGUUUGAUCAUCAAGACGAGAACAUAUUCUACGCCUCUUCCGUCAAGUCCACCUUUGCAUUUGACUUGAGGAAUACAUUUUCACCUUUGACAUCAUUCCAUUCACCGAACGAAUCACCAGUCUAUCGUCUACUGAGUGUGGCACAAACAAUCUCACCAUCACAGCUGUCUAAUAGCAGCCAGAUUGGUACGGGUGGAUUGUUUGCCGCAAACAACAGUCUAACAUUUUGGGAGAAGAGUACACCAUCGACAAUGACAACAUCGAUAACAUCGACAACGACAACAACCGAACAGACAAUACCCGAAUCAUCAUCAAUAUUAUCUCCAUUGUGUCCCAAGUUUACGCCAUAUCCCAUUGGACUCGAAGGCAGAUGUAUCAAUAUUAGCCACGACCCCACCAGCCAGUACUUUAUGGCAUCUUUCCACAGCAGCCCGUCAUAUCCAAUGAACAGCCAUUGUGUAUUCAAACAUCUUGGUCGCGGUUACGUCGAAGAGGUGCGAUCAAUCUAUACCAAUUCACAACACAAAGAGUUGUCGCGGUCCAUUAUAUUCUCACCGCCACAACAACAACUACCCAACAACAAUAUGGUGUACGCAGCACUGUGCACUGGCAAUCCGACCAAGGGUGUCAACAUUUGGAACGUGACAACUGGCAUGGACACGCAGACACUGGACACGACCGAGCCCGCGGUCGAGCUCCUACAUCUCAACUAUCGCCAGGAGGAAUACCUUUUGAGUCUUGGCACGCAGUUUAUGUACAUAUUCAAGAACAACGCCACACCGUAA